AUGGAUGAUUCUUUUGAACUUGAAUAUGCUGACGAACUGGAGGUAUUAGAUGAUUCUCUGAUAGAACCUGUAAAUUAUGUUCCACCAAAGUCGAAACGAUCUCUCCAGUUUGAAACACCUAAUAGGAAAACUAAUAGACCUGCAAGAGAACACUUAAAGGAUAAAAAUGACAGUUUUACGCAGGAGUUAAAUGCUGACAUUCAUGAUGAAUGGGAAUCAUUCCCUUCAUCUCCAUUGUCUGUUCCUGCUGAUGUAGAGUUUGACCAGAACACCACUCGCAAACGAGGGCAGAGUAUUCUGGAGCAAGAUGAGGAUGAUGACUUGAAUCCCUUGAGAACUUUAGGUUUCCUCAGGAAGCGCCCCUGUCUUAAAGACUUGCAAGAAAACACAGAUGACAACAGAAAUAAACAUGGGGAAAAUGUCCAAGCCACUGCUUUGAUUGAGCAAAUUCAGCAGCAUAGAAAUGCAUGGAACACCCAGAACAAGUUGUUGCAGACAACACAAGCUGGUAGCCAGGCCAGGCUUAAUGAUGCUGAAGAUCUAGAUCGACCACGUGUUCAUAAACGAAUCCCUAAAUGUGAUUUUAUGAGUGCUGUUGGUUAUGAUGGCCAGAGGGUUUACAUGAAACUUUGGAAUGAGGAUGUUCUGGAAGCUGAAUUCUCUAGUGUGGGAGGGGAUGCACGCAGCUCAAGCCUUUUGACUGUACCAGUCUGUGUCAUGAAGGAACAGCUGGAGGAGAAGCAAUCCAGAAAAAUGCUACAGGAGGUUGAGGAAGCUGAAGAGAGGAUAAUGAGUGAGAACAUGGAGACAGAACAUCUGGUGGCUGGUGAAGAGCAAGGUGUACACCAGAUCACUGAGAUCACUGAAGAUAUGAAAUCAUUGUGGGUGGACAAGUAUGCUCCCCAGAAGUAUACAGAACUCUUGAGUGAAGAGUCCAUCAAUAGAAGCCUCCUUCACUGGAUGAAACUUUGGGAUUAUGUUGUGUUUGGAAAAAAUGUGCCGAAACCAAUGAAGAAAGGGGACAACGCAAAGUUCAAGGAAAAGUUCAAGAGCAAGAAGUUUAAUGCAGAAGUUUUGGAAGAAUUGGAUAAACAUAAUUGUCCUCAGCAGAAGAUAGCACUGUUAUGUGGGCCCCCUGGUUUGGGAAAGACAACUCUGGCUCACAUUGUUGCUAGGCAUGCUGGUUAUAACGCAGUGGAAAUGAAUGCCAGUGAUGACCGCAGUGUGGAGGCAUUCAGAAACAAGUUGGAAGCUGCCACCCAGAUGAAGUCAGUCAUAGAAGCAGAUCCCCGGCCGAACUGCCUCAUCAUUGAUGAGAUAGAUGGGGCUCCAGCGCCUGCUAUUAAUGUCUUGCUUAACACAAUCAAGAAAUCUGAGAAUGAGGCAGCAGCGUCUGCCAACAAAAAGAAGAAAAAUGUUGGAACGUUGCUGCGACCCAUCAUUUGUGUUUGUAACGAUCAAUAUGUCCCCGCUUUACGUCAGCUCAGACAGAUGGCGCUGGUGCUAAACUUUCCACAGACAGAAUCUUCUAGACUUGCCAGUAGGCUUUAUGAGGUAGUGAGAGAAGAGAAACUCAAGACUGACAUGAAUGCUUUGCUGGCCUUAUGUGAAAGGACAGGCAAUGAUGUGAGGUCAUGUCUCAAUACAUUGCAGUUUGUGAGGCAAAAACAGAAAGAACUGACAUUACGAGACAUACAGACAAUGAGUAUUGGCCAGAAGGACACACAGAAGAGUCUGUUUUCUGUCUGGCAUGAAGUUUUUGCUAUGCCUAGAGCCAAAAAAAAUCAGUUUAUCAGUAUCCAGGAAAUGUUGGAAGGCAAACAGGAAAACAAGCAGACAACGAAUAUCACUCCACAGGCAAGGUUUCAACACAUUCUUGAUGUGUGCCAAAGCUCAGGAGAGUUUGAGCGAAUCCUCCAAGGCUUAUAUGAGAAUUACCUGGAAGCAAAGUCAAAAGAUCCUCAUUUGAAUGGUCUGAACCUUGCCAAUGAGUGGCUGUGCUUUGCUGAUCUCACCAUGCAUUAUACGGCACGCUGUCAGGACUACUCCGUCAUGAAGUUCAACUCCUUUCUGCCCGUAGUCUUUCACUUCCUGUAUGCAUCUUACAGCCCGCCCCGCAUCCAGUUCCCUCACAUGCAGACAGACGCAAAUCAGAAGUUACUCAAGGCUAACAAUUUGUUAUCGACCAUGAUUUCUGAUAUGACACCAAUUGUACGAAAGUUCAACAACCCUCGGAGUCUUGUUUUGGAUUUGUUGCCUCCCUUACUAGACAUACUGCAGCCAACUCUGAGACCUGUGAACACACAGUUGUACAGCAGCAGAGAGAAGGAAGAACUUUCCAGUGUUGUCAGAAUCAUGAUAGCGUAUAACAUGACCUAUAUUCAAGAAAAGACACCUGAUGGACAAUAUGUGUACUCCUUGGACCCAAAUGUGGAGGAAAUUGUAAAGUUUCCAGGGAUGAAGCAAAGAAAACAGUUGACAUACGCUGCUAAACAGAUGAUAGCUAGAGAGAUUGGACUGGAGAAACUGAGGAAAAGUGAAAAAUCCGAUACAAAACAAAUCCAAGCAACAGAGAAGCCAGUGCAGGCGAGGAAAGCAAAUCCAGUUGUGCCUAACCAUCUUCAGAAACUGGAGGCAAAAAGUCUGGCUCCUGAAAAGUCAGCCUUCAACUUCUUUGGCAACUUUCUCAAGACCAAGAGAGUCAAAUCUGUUCCUGAAGAAACUGCCCAGGAGCCAAAAGAAGAGAAACCCAAGAAAGAGCUACUAGAUACAGUUAUAUGGUUCCAUUUCAAAGAAGGAUUCUCCAAUGCUGUUCGGCGGAAUGUCUUAGUUCAAGAUUUCUUGUAG